UACAGUUUGUCAGCAUGAGGCAGGUUCUUGUUGUUUUGCUACUGAUUUCAACGCUACAUUCCGUUGCACCAACCAGUGUGCGGGAUGAGCUGAUCGAUCUACAGAAUCACGUCCCGAUGGACCUCAUUUCCCGGCUAUUCAUAGAGUAUCUAGUUCAAGAUGCAGAAUUUCGGCGCACGAUCCACUACGUUCGAUCGCGCGAAUUUUCCGCAACGUGGAACGAUUUUCUGCUUACGCCUAAAGCCCAGAAAUUGUUGUCGUUCCUGCUGGAUGCCGAGCUGCCCGUAGAUGAGGUUUUAAAUCUGUUUGCUGAUUUCGUUGGGGCGGAACGGCCAAGGAAGCCACUCAGCAAAAGAUUUAUCAAGCUUAGGAGAGGUGGAGUGAAUUCGUUCAUCGAUGCCGUUAUCGAAGCGGUAACUUCAAGUGAAGUGAAACCAAUCAAUGAACAGAAAGAGAACACGAAUCCGUUGUAUAAAGAGAUGACAGAAAAAGUGAAUUCAAUGGAGUAUCAGCAACUGCUUGCAGAGACUUUUGAGGAUCCAGAAGUUAUGGCCAUCCAGGAUGAGCUGCGUGUUUUCGACAUUGAGAUACCCAGGCUUUUGGAUUUGAUGAAGGCUUUCUUUGGGUGGUCAGCAUUUUUCUGAACAUGGUUAAGGUUGAAGGUUUGGUUCGCCCAAAGGAAAUCGUCUCAUAAAUACCACAGUUACAGAGGUCUAACAUACAUACAUAGUGUUUGGAACCCACACAAAUAUAGUUCCAGGUUGGAUAGUUGAGCAAAAAUAACCCAAAGGAUGUUUGUCCGUUAUUAUUAUUUAAUUUUAUCGUAUACAAAAAUACAAAAAUCGUUUAGCUAUUGUAUGUAAUGAACCUUGAAAAUAAUGGCAACUUCAUUUCUUUUCCAUUUCUUAUUAGCUCUAAAUGUGAGAGGUAUAUUAUCUUAAAGCUUGGCAACUCCAGCAAAAACUAAUAUGAAACUAAACUAGAUGUGAUGUUUCUGGCAAUGAUUGCUCAGGUUGUUAUCGUUUUGGUCGUUUUAACGGUAAAAACCAAAAUCAAGAAAAUUAGUCCUGUGACAUCUUUCUAACAUCAACAGAAAUCUGCUACCAGUGAGAGAAAAACUCAUUGAUGUGUUGAAAUAUUUUGUUGAAAGUCAAAUAAGCAUUCAGUUUAACCCUUUCAUGCCAAACUUUUUUCUACUGCCUUUGAGGCUUCAAAACUACCUUUGCGUAAGAUUAUUGUAGACAAGAAACACGAAAAACCUAUUUAGAUCCAGUUAUGUUUUACCCUCGGAGUGUUGGAAGUUGCUAAAUUUUUACCUUCCGAUGCUGAAUAUAAUAUUUCUAGAAUAUUUACAAUGGUUCAAUUGCUUGUAAAAGAUAGUCUAAGAUAGUGCAAAUUGAUUGGUUUUAACAGUUUUCACUAAUCCUCCAAGACAACAAAAUCAAAAUUCAUUUUUCAUCGUCAACUGAAACUGGCAGCACUGCUCUAAUGGAUGCACAGCUAAAUGAGAUUAAAAUUUGAUAUAAUAUUGAUAUCAUAUAUUUUGACAAACAAGUGUUCUAUUGCAUAUAAUGGUAUUAAAAACCAUGUAACUUUAAGAAUUUAUAUUGAUAAACUGAAUAAAACCCGAUAAAAGAUUAUCUAAAAAAAUUGGCUCGGAAUAGGAUUUUAUUGCUUCAAAGAGCCGUUCUAAAGCUGUCUAAAUACAAUCCUGUCUCCAAGUAAAUUUGUUUUUGUGAUAAGUUAAAUUCAAAUAUAUGACGCUUCAUAAUCCAAACGAUUAGCCCCGCAUGUCCAAUGUUGAUCGUAUCAGCGAAUAUUUAAUCCAUGAUUGUCAAUAAACUGCUACUGUGAACAAUUUUGCG